AUGGGUCAUUCCACCUCUCCCACAUAUCUCUCAAAAGAGGCGCUUGUUCUAGAAUUGAAGGACUUCAUUUGCCGGUGUCCAACGCGGAUUUUGAACUUCAAUACUGCAAUCACAUCUGCGAUUUCUGAUGGACCAGACGAUAUGGGGAGCCGAGGGAAUUACAGACCUCGAUACUUUUCUCCUGUAUUGCGAAAAGUUCCUGCGGUAGGUACCAAGGUGAGCUCCAGGGGAGACGCAUUGCCGCGCAAGAUCUUGGUCUUUUACUGGGUUUUUGAUCAGCCCGCAAUUAUUGGCUUGCAAGCUCCCAUCACACCCGAGACAUCCAACACCGACCUCUCUUGGCUUUCCUACUGGCUGGUCUCAUUUGCACGUCAGCUGGGACAAUUCUUGCAUACCCCCGAGUCGGCCGGUUUGAUCUAUACCUUCUAUGUGAAUAUCCGAUAUAGUCUAGAAGCAGAGAGGUGGGAGCAGCCGGCGACGGGCUGGUUAUCUUUCAAUCACUGGUUCCGUCGUUGCUGGAAAGACAUCCAACACGCGCGCCCAAUCGACUCUCCUCAUGAUGAUAAGGUCAUCACAAUGCCUGCCGACUCGGUAUAUGAUGGAAACUGGCCCAUUGUAAAGGGCGAAGUUGACAUCGAAAUCAAAAUCAAAUAUCUUUAUUACAAAUAG